CGAGCGCAUUAGCCCCAGGUUAAUACACAGAAUUUCUCAUCAGCACACAGGAACAGUUCACCUCCAAACUAUUCAUUAUUACUUACUUCUGAUUUCCGUGCCGACUUUUCUUCCUCCUCCUCCCCCAUCCCUCUCCUUUCCCAGACUUCCACAGCCGAAGACUUUUUUCCUCAAAGUUGGGAAUCUCGUGAGCUCAUGAAGGCGGAAGGCGACGCAGGGAGCAGCGGCGCAGGCGCCGGCGCAGGAGGUGGCGCGUGCUGCGUGAACCGGCUACUGCGCGCCGUGGAGAGCGAGCUGCGCGCGGGCCGCGAGAAAGGAGACCCCACGGAGAAGCAGCUGCGCGUGAGCCUGGAGGACGCCGAGCUGUGGCGCAAGUUCCGUGAAGUCACCAACGAGAUGAUCGUCACCAAGAACGGCAGGAGGAUGUUCCCGGUACUGAAGGUCAGCGUGUCUGGCCUGGACCCCAAUGCGAUGUACUCCUUCCUCCUAGACUUCAGUCCAGCUGAUGGUCACCGCUGGAAGUAUGUGAACGGAGAGUGGGUGCCUGCUGGCAAACCCGAACCCCACAGUCACAGCUGUGUGUACAUCCACCCCGACUCUCCAAACUUUGGUGCCCACUGGAUGAAGGCUCCGGUGUCCUUCAGUAAAGUCAAACUGACCAACAAACUCAACGGAGGUGGACAGAUCAUGCUGAACUCUCUACAUAAGUACAAGCCACAGAUCCACAUUGUCCGUGUGGGAGGAAGCCACAGGAUGGUGACCAACAUCUCCUUCACUGACACCCAGUUCAUCGCUGUAACAGCCUACCAGAAUGAGGAAAUAACCGCUCUGAAGAUAAAAUAUAAUCCCUUCGCCAAGGCCUUCCUGGAUGCUAAGGAAAGGAGCCACCCCAAGAACUUUCUAGAACCUCCUCCUGAGAAUCAGCAUAUGGGCAUACCACACUGUGGUUGGUACAUUUCGAACCCCGACUCCUUUUGUUCCUCUGCCAGCGGUAACUUCCCCUAUCCUGGCGGUUUGCCUCUGACCCCGCACCAUGGCUAUAAACACUACUCUAGUCUGCAAGGUCAUCGAGCCACCCCGUACCCACCGCCGUAUCUGCACCACCAUCACCAUCACCACCACCGUGGACACAAUUCAGUCUCUCUGUCUGAGGGUCUGAGUCCAGGUGCUCUGCAGGUGUUCUCAGGCCACGAGACCUGGACAGGUGUUUCUCCUCCCGGCCCUGCAGCGAUGCUGUCGGUGCCGUCUGGUACGAACUCACCUGGAGUCAGCAGUCAGUACCCCUGCCUGUGGACAGUGAGCGGCUGUGGCAUGUCCUCCACUCCUCCAGGAGGCACUGUGAGCUCCACCCAGUGUCAGGAGGAGCGGCCUGAUGCAGGCUCCGCCUCCGCUUCACCAUGCUCGCUCCUGCAAGGCCAAGGACCCACAAGUACAGAUGUUUCAGAGCAAGCCAAUCAUAACAGAGUGGGAGGGGCUAGCUGGUCAGCAGGCUCCACCCACUCCUUUUAAACAGGCUUAACAGAAGAUCACAUGACCUCUCAUCUCUCUUUGGAGUUCCUUAAUGCCAACAUAUCGUGUGUGUAUUUGAAGAAUACGGUUUUAUUAUUUCAUUUUCUUCAUUUCAGUUCAUCUUUACAGAGACGAUGAGUAUUAAAUCAAUUCAGAUAAAUUCA